AAAAAGAAAUGAAGAGAUCGAUCGAAACACUCUGAUCAAACAUCCAGAUGGCCACCUGAAAUAAGAACAAAACCUCAAAUUAAAAACAAAAAAGUUCAAAAUUUCAUUUUUCAAAUCGCAAAUGAGAAAUUUCUUUCCUCUGCUAGUUUUCUCUCUCACUUUCUUCUCUUUCCUUCCCUCCUCCGCCGCUAGAGGCGGAGAGCGUGGCUCUCUCUCUUCAGGUAUUAAUAAUGGCAGUAGCUAUGCUGGUUCUGGAAGGCGGUUUCUGUCUGAGGAUAACGAAUCUAAGAUAAGUGUUGAAAAGACUCGUGGAUACUUGACUAACACUGAUCUUGAAAGAGCUAUGAAGAAAAUUGGGAAAAGAUGCAGCAAUAUUUCUAGGAUAUAUAGUAUUGGAAGGAGUGUGAAUGGAGUUCCUCUGUGGGUUAUAGAGAUAUCUGACAGGCCUUAUGAGGAGGAGCCUGAACCUGCAUUCAAGUUUAUUGGGAAUGUUCAUGGAGAUGAACCUGUAGGUCGUGAGCUUCUAGUACUUCUUGCUAAUUGGAUAUGUGAUAACUAUCCGAAGGAUCCCUUGGCCAGAUUGAUAGUGGAAAAUGUUCACCUUCAUAUUCUUCCAACAAUGAAUCCUGAUGGAUUUUUAUUGAGACGGCGUGGUAAUGCAAAUAAUAUUGAUCUAAAUCGAGAUUUUCCAGACCAGUUCUUUCCUAUGAAUGAAGACAUAAAUUCACGUCAACCUGAAACAAGAGCAAUAAUGAAUUGGUUGAGAGAGAUACAUUUUACGGCAUCCGCUAGUUUACAUGGGGGUGCGCUUGUUGCAAAUUAUCCUUGGGAUGGCACAGAGGAUAAGCGGAAAACUUACUAUGCAUGUCCUGAUGAUGAUACAUUUCGGUUCAUGGCAAAAAUAUAUAGCCAUUUCCACCAUAACAUGUCUCUAAGCACAGAAUUUCCUGGAGGAAUUACAAAUGGAGCAAAUUGGUAUCCGAUUUAUGGUGGAAUGCAAGACUGGAACUAUAUACACGCUGGCUGCUUUGAAUUGACCUUGGAGAUUAGUGAUGACAAAUGGCCUAAUGCAGAUGAGCUUCCUAUACUUUGGGAGUACAACAAAAUGAGUUUAUUGAACCUCGUAGCUAGCCUUGUGAAGACAGGAGUACAUGGAAGGAUAUUUUCAUCUGAUAGAGGGAGGCCACUACCAGGCUCUAUCACAAUCAAGGGAAUAAAUUACACGGUUAAAGCUGGCAGAGGCUUGGCUGAUUACCAUCGCUUGCUUACCCCCUCAAACAGUUAUGAAGUUGUGGCCUCUAUGCCUGGGUACAAGUCAAAGUCCACAUGCAUAUCGUUAGGGGAGGCAGCCAUGACUCUGGACUUCAUUCUCGAUCCAGAAGUCGCAACCAAGGAGAAUCUAUUGAGUAUAUAUGAAUGCAGCUGUGAUGGCAAAGGGGGGCUUGGAACCUUUUGGGGUUUUCAUUUGGAAUUCUAUACUAUUUUGACUAUCAUCUUAGUCUUCCUCUGCUUGCUGUUAAUGAGGAGAAUGAAAAUCAACUUUUUAAACCACAGACAGUUACCUAAAAGGUUAAAUCAGGUAUGAGCCACUCACUUUAAAGUAUACAAACCUAAUUGUUGUAUAUUUCCUAUUAAAAGGAUCCAUCUUUUUGUCAUUUAUUCAUCUGUUGUAAGGAUACUGCUAAUUUGCUUUGGCAAAAAUAUUAUCAUGCUGGACAUGCCAGCGAAACUGCAGUCAACAUUGGCUAAUUUUUGCAGCUGAUGUGAUUCUAUGAAAAAAGAUUCAGGUUGUGAGAUAGCUAAAUAUACACUAAUGUGCUUUUUCGUUUUUGUC